AAAUUUUGGAGUUUGAAAAUUUAUAUUUUCGUAGAUACUUGACCAAGAAGUUGCAUAUUUCGUAUCCCAACGGCUCUCCUACUCCGAUUCAAGCACAAGUGUGGCCAGUAGCUUUACAGGGUAGAGAUAUAGUUGCGAUAGCAGAAACAGGCAG